UAACCUCAAUUAUUUGAAUGUUUUUGUCUUGUCAGUUGGACAGAUGAGUGAUCUUUGAGAUGUCUUCAAAGGAAAUCAAAUCAUUGCUCAAAGAAGCGCGUGAGGCAAUCAGUAAAAAGGAUUUCAAACUGUCUUUAGAACUAUGCAAGAAAAUUUUGAGCUUGGACCGGGAGAAUUAUAUGGCUCUGGUCUUUGUGGGAUUAUCACUACAAGAACUCGGCUUAAACGAUAAAGUUAUCCCAACGUUCAAAAAGGCAAUUCAAAUAUCUCCGAAGAAUGCACUAGCUUUUAAUGGCUUAGCAAAUUAUUUAGAAAAAUUGCAAACUGACGAAGCUCAAGCGGAACUAAUUUCCAUUUAUGUUACCAUACUGAACUUGGAAAGCGAUGAUAAGAAAUUGAAUGAAGUUUGUGAAAAACUGGGGGCGCUAUCCAUUUCUGACAAUCACUUUACCGAUGUGUUGGAAGCUUUGCAGAAAGUUGUUAGCAAUGAAAGUGUUACAAGUGCUACCCUAGCAAGUGCAUCGGUUGCUCUUGCAAAUCUUAUUUCUAAAAGAAGCAAUGCAACUCAAUCAGUGUUGGAUGUGUAUGAAGCAGCUUUAAAAGUAGUGCUGAGCAAUGAACAUCUUAUAACAAGACAGUACUAUUCAGAGUAUGUAAAAACACUGUAUAAAAAUAAGCGAUACAGUGCGCUUUUUAAAGUAGGCAAGGAAAUGUUUAACUUGUAUAACACAGAUCUAAGUUCUAUCAAAUGGAUGUGCCAGGCUUACACCGAGCUAGCAAUUGAGCAGAAUGAUAUGUGUAAGGAACAGAAUGAAAUUGAAAAAUAUUGCGAUAUUCUCUUGAAUCUGGAAGCAAGCUCUUCUGUCGGAUUAGGAACUAAAGCUUUAUUUUUGUAUGAAAAUAAAAAUUUCUUAGCAGCGGUUGAUUUACUGAAGCAAGUUACAUACUCAAGACCGGAUUGGUCACAUAUGUGGGUACUUUUGGGUUUGUGUUACUUGGACUUGCAUAUGUACAACAACGCCAGCAGGACAAGUCUUACUGCACAACAACAGUGCAAUGACCACUCAAGUAUGGCAUUAACUAAACAAUUAGAUAAACUGCUUCCACAAGUGCUAUCCAGAUCUACUGAAGACGAAUAUCUGGAGAAAGGAGUCAAUUUUUGUCUUGAUAAAUUGAAAAACGCUGCGAAUGUGGCGACCAUUUACAUACCAUUAAUCCGGUGUUAUAUAAACUUAGAAAAUUUUACUCAAGCAAAUUUGUUUCUUUCCAAACUAAAAGAUAUGUCAAACGAGCCCGCGAUGUUUACUUUGCUUAAUGCUCAAUUGCUACAUAAACAAAAGCAUCACCAGGAUGCACUGGAUCUGUUAUUAAAGGAAGAUAAUAAUGAUAUUUCAGAAUGGUGGUAUGAAAUUGGAACUCUCUACUGGGAUCUGACGUUAUUUGAUAAAAGUUUGAUACCUUUUUUGAAAGCUGCGAAACUUGAUCCUAACUGUUACAUAUACUUUUUACAUCUCGGCCACUACUACCAAAAGUUUAAUGAUGUGGACAAAGCAAGACGUUGUUACGAAAAGGCGUGCGCAAUGAAUGACAAGUGCAUUGAGGCCGUCGUGGAACUUACUAAAAUUUAUAGGUCUCAAAAGAAUUGGGAUGCAAACGCUACCUUAUUACAAAAUUUAACCGGUAGUGCCCUCAAUACUGAAAAUAAAUGGGCUUGGCUGCAGUUGGGCUUAAAUUUCUUGGAGCAAGAAGAUUAUACAAAUGCCACCGACACAUUGAGAUGUGUUGUACGUGCGAAUCCAAAUGAUAGCUACUGUUGGGAAAGUUUGGCCGACGCGUAUAUGGCGAGAGGUGCUUAUACUUCAGCUUUAAAAUCGUACCAAAAGGCUACCGAGAUUCAACCGAAAUCACUGUAUCCACUAUUGCAAGUUGCCAACAUAAAAAAGAAACUAGGCGACUUUGUCGAAGCCCACUGUGAUUAUGAGUCAAUUCUUCGAAGUAAUAAGCAUUACGUGCCUGCAUUGAAAGGCUUAGCCGAGACUUGCAUAAUGCAAGCUAGGCAAUUUACAAGAGAUCAGCGGUUGGGAAUUGCGCGAGACUACGCUGAGAAGGCAUUGGAUAUGGUUACAGUUGGAAUUCGCCAACAGAAUGAUUUGUGUUGCCUUUGGAAAUUGGCUGGUGACAGUUGUGUUUUGAUUGCGAAGUUACCAGAUAAGUACUGUUGCGCUUUAGCCUUAAAGGCGCUGGCUGAAGGAUGCGCGUCAGAAGAAAAUGUUGUUUUAGAACGCGAGGAGUUGCUUUUAUUAGCCGAGCGUUGUUAUCAUAAAGCUCUGUCGAUGAUGGAUGUUCAAACGAUGCUUUGGUAUGAUUUGGCGUCGUGCUUUGUGUUACAUGCGCAUUAUUCUGAUGAUAAAGACAAAGCAGAGAAAUAUUAUUCCAAGGCGGCAGAUAUCUUGGAACAUUGUGUCUGUACAGAAGCUUCAUGUUGGCAAUUUUGGAAUUUAAUUGGCGUUAUAGCUUUUAAAAGAGAUAAAAAAGAUUAUGCGUUGGCUCAACAUGCACUUAUAAAGGCAGUUACUGCAGAUGAUGGCAGUGCGGUGGCUUGGUGUAAUUUAGGAACUUUAUAUUUGGUUUUGGAAGAACCAAAACUGGCCAAUGAAGCAUUUUCACAAGCACAACGUGCAGACCCUAAUUACGUGAACAGUUGGAUUGGACAGGCUUUGAUAGCUGAGAGUAUGGUUAUGGAUGACGCUAUGGACCUAUUUAGACACAGUACACAAUUAGGAUUUCACGUGGAAGGUGCUAUUGGUUAUGCAAAUUGGGUUUGUCAAACACUUCAGAAUAUGAAGCCGCGUGUUGAACUCUAUUCUAUUCAUAAUAUGCAUGCCAUUCCUGUUGCCUGUGAUGCUAUGACUUGGUAUACAGAAACAUUCACGGAUGAUCCUUGUGGUUGGAAUAUGUUAGGAUUAUUAAAAGGUCGCAUGGGAUUAAAUUCGGAAGCAACUUUGGCAUUUCGAAAUGCCCUACGACUCAGUAGAAAGCAGACAAGAGAUAAAGUUGCCAUUAAUUAUGGGCACAUACUUUUUAAGUCUCGUAACUACAAGGAAGCAAUUAAAAUGUUUAAUAACGUCGAAGAGGCGACGUUUAAUAGCGGAAGUGGUUUGGCUCUUUCUUUGUUUAAAGAUGAGCAAUACGAGGAAUCGUACGAAAAAUAUGAUCAGGCUUUGCAUUGGUUAACUGAGGAGGAGGGUCACCAGUCGGAUUUAUUGGUCGCCUUAGCUUCAAUUGUUUACAUGUUUCAGGGUCCCGAUCCGGCGAAAACGCUCUUAUUUCAAAGCACUGAAUUGAGUCCACCAUCUUCAUAUGGGUUUUAUGCUACCUUAUCAUUAGGCUUAUUACAUGGCGAUCCAAACUUGGCCAAUCUUGUUCUUAAGGAAUUACACAAGAUGCGUGAUGUUCCACAGUGCCUGCCCCACUAUGCGACCCUGGUUUGCCACACAUAUGUGUUACAAGGCCAGCAUGAAACCGCAAUUAGAGAAGUAUCCAAGCUAAUCCAUAGACAUCCAAAUCAAGCAUCUUUAUGGUUGACACUUUCCAUUUUAUUGAUACGUUCGUAUUCUAAACGUUCCCAAUCCAUAGCAGCCGCAGCCAGAUGUGCUCAGCAGGCGGUAAAAUUGGGACGAGGCCAUAUCGAUGUAAAAAAGGUGCUUUGUAUUGCGUCAUUGGCAUCAUUUAUUGCGGGUGACCACCAGCAGGCAUUGAAGUCGGCGCAAAAAGCUAUACACUGUUACCCGGAUGUCGCAGAAUGCUGGGCAGUUUUUAUCCAGAGUGUUAUGGUUUUACAAAACAAGAAAUCAACAUUUUCGCAUAAGGAGUGGCUACAAAAAUGCGUUAGACAUUUUAAAGAAAAUUUGGAAAGCUCAAAGUUGCUAAGUACGUGGUUAGAUAAAAUUAUUGUACCAAAGAUGAUGAAUAUGCGUUAACAAAGAUGUUUGGAGGACAGGCAGAAUAAGUGUUUGAAAUUGGUUAUAUUAUUAUUACCUACGCAAAGAAAGGUUCCGAGCGUAAAGGGUAGGCAAAGGUAAGCGUGCGAUAAUUGUAUUUGCUAUGUAGUCAAUAAAACAUUCAGCGAA